AUGUUUAGCCACGAAGGGCGCUCGGCUCUUGUAGUCAAAGCGCUAGGGAUGUCUGUUUCUUACACCCUCAUGGCUAAACGAUUCAGUAGCGGGAUCGAUUAUGAGCGGGCAGUGACGGGUGUCCCUUGGAUGGUGGGUGAUAAUUAUCUGACUGUUCAUCCGUGGACAAAAGAUUUUAACCCGUAUGAACACGAGAUCUCUUCUACCCUGGUCUGGGCGAGACUUUUAGAGAUCCCCAUACACUACUUUCACCCUGUGGCUGUGAAGAAGAUCGGGCAGCGUAUUGGGAAGCCUAUUCGAGUGGACCAAGCAACAAGUACGGGGGCCCGGAUCGACUAUGCUCGGGUAUGUGUUAAGGUUGAUCUCACUAAGCCACUACUCUCGAAAUUCUCGUUGCAUGGGAAGAAAUAUUUCAUCCAAUACAAAGGCUUAGAAAAUAUCUAUUUAAAGUGUGGGACGUACGUUACACGAGGAUGCUGCUCAUGCAUGGAAAAAUCGAUGGAGGUGGAGGCUACCACCAAUGUGAAUAAUGUUGAUAUACCGUCGGAGGAGCCGGAUGCCCUUUACGGGGAAUGGAUGAUAGCGCAGAGGCGGUCUCGACCGAGAAAGGAGAACGUGGGCCGAGAUAUAGCGACGGGGAAGUCUAAGAUGGGCAAUGGUAAGGGUUUAAAGGAUGGGCCAGGUGGUUCCAGAUUCACUAUCCUUGUUGCUGAUGAGAUGGAGGAAGAUACUGUGACAGGCAGAACACAAGGAGAGGGGAGUAGCUCUGAGAAGGCUGGCAAGGAACCUGGGAAGAAGACGAAGGUCGACACUAAUAAGCAAGUGCAACGAACUAAAGAUACCGUGUUACUAGCCCAUCCGUCAGAGGAGGACCUCAAUGUACCUACCACAAGCAUCCCCAUGAAAGUACAGCCACCGCUGCCAGCGUCGACACAGCCGAGGACAGCAAAAUAUGGGGUCCAACCCAUGGAACCUAAUGCCAUGCAAGGACACCAUGUCCGGCCGCCUGAUAACCAAAGCCAUCAAAUGGAGAGCUCGGGAAAUCUACCCUUAGAAGAGAUGAAUGAGAUUAUUGCGGAGGGCCUCGUGAAUGAGGCCUCCACAACGUGA